AUGAAUAUUGACGAAAGUGUUAUUGGGAUGAAAUCAGUUUUAGGAAUGAAAACUAGAUCUAUGAAAGUAUAUUAGAAAUAGCAUGAAAUGAAGCCAAAACGAGUUUAUACUCAUAUUUCAAAAGAAACCAAAGCUAAGUUGAUUCAUACAGUACUGAGAUAGAAAUGCAAAAUUAAGAAAAUAGCAAAAGACCUGAACAUUAACUAUGCCACUGCGAAAACAAUACUACAUUGUCAUAAGAAAAAAUAAAUUAACAUGGAUGAAUAUUCAGAGUCCAAAAGGGCUGGGUGUACGUUAAACAAGAAUGACUCUAAAUUAUAUGUUUAAAUUAAAGUGGGAGAAAAAGUAAUACAUCAGUAUGAGUAUUUUGAAGCCAUCAAAAGAACUCCAUGA